AUGGUAUUCGUGUUGAUCACCCUCACCCUCUUAGUCCAUGCGGUCAUUACACGAGUUCCGCAAUUUUCGAUCCCGAAAAAUGAACGUGCUGUAUCGCACAUAGUAAUCAACUCCCCAAUUUUCUAUUAUCGCAAAUGGCUCACAGUAUUGUAUAUCAACAGCACAAUGUUUGUCUAUUGA